AGAUACCUUUAGUUAGUCUUGACUGGGACAUUCGCGGCAGGUGCUUUCUUGAGGGCCUCGCUUGUCUUUUCGGAACAUGGUUGAAUGGGCGAGCUAUAGCAGCAGUGCGCUGGGAUUCAAAAUAGAUUAUCCGUCAGCAUGGACGGUGGACGACACGUCUGGAUUUGGCAUGGUGAUCAUCACGCAGGCAAAGAUACUGAAAGACCAGGAGCCGAUACCCUCCGGUCCGGUGGUCAACUUAUUGAGUCAGGAUGUGUCGCAGACGACGCUCGAUGACUACACGCGCGAGCAAAUAAUGCGUCUUCGGCAACUCACCAAGCACCCGAUGAAGGUGGACCAGAAUGCCAUGCUUGGAGAGCACUUGGCACACAAGGCUAUGACCACGUUGGAGAAUCAGGGCGGGUCCUUGUUUUCUUUUUUCAUAUGGACGAUCGUGGACUCUCGGGCGUAUACAUUCGCGUUUUCACUGUCCGCCGGACGACUUCAAGGAGUACAAGGCGAUAGUCAGGUCGAUGGUGAAAUCUUUUUCGAUAGUGGAGAUCGAGCCCUCUGUUUUUGACGUUUGUUCCGCAUGUAGACGAGAAGGAGGGGUUUUGAUUCGAAUUCCGUCCUCGUGGGUCCCCAUGUCGGUUCAAGGCGCGAUUUGCGCGUCGAACAGGUUGAUGUCCUAUGGGACGGAGAAGGGGAGUUGCAGCGUGGUUGUAGAGAGGGUGUCGUCAAUUGGCGCGGAGGAGUAUGUUGGGAAGGUGGUCGAGAGGUUGGACGCGUCAAGAAUAGAAGUCACGGUCGUGAGUUUCAGCGGCGAUCCUUACCGCAGGAGGGUGUUGAGAUGGAAUUUUUCGAGAAUGGGAAAGCGAUGUCACCGUCGACUAUUGGUGGUGUCGGAUGGGCGGGGUGGGUCGAUGUGCGUGUUUUGUUCAGAGGACCAGAAGCAGUCUGACGAGUUUGAAAGGGGAGUGGUGGACAUGGUGGUUAGUUCUUUUCACAUGCUUCCGAAGUUGUC